AUGGCUACAAUUAGCGACGACGUUGUCGUUACAUAUACAACAACAGGAUAUAACAAUAGCCAGCGGGCGUUCCAGUGGCUUCAGCACUUCAACCGCUACUCCUUUGCUAGGAGUAGCUCCUUUAAAGGCCAUACUAUCGAGAACUGGUUCGGCUACCCGGCUACAAUCACACGGGAAGGCUGGGAUAAGAGCAAUGGGGAACGGCGUACAUUCUACACUCAGAAGACGAAGACGGUCUUCCGGCUGCUCGUUAUGGAUGGAUUUGCUGCACACGAGGACCCUGAAUUUAUCUGGUAUUGCGAGAUGUUCGAGAUCGUACCGUUCAAGCUACCAUCGCAUACAAGCCACCUCCUACAACCUCUUGACGUUGGCGUCUAUCAACAUCUCAAACGUGCACAACAAGGAGCCUUAAAGAAGUUCGUUAUCGGUGGCGGCACACGCAUCUCGAGAUUCGACUUUCUCUGCCAAUGGAAUGAGCUAUUCAGCGCCGCGUUUAAGGCUUGUUAUAUCUUUGUGGGCUUUGAACAGUCCGGGCUAUGGCCUCCUGAUCCUGAAUUUAUACAGCAUCAGCAAGACCGUAUCCAGCGAGAGAGGCGCAGAACCAAGACCCUACGCCGAAUCCGAGGCGUUGACGAUGGCGCCUUUACGAUACAGCAACUACGAGAGAAAGCGGCCGCCCGGCAGCAAGAAGACCAAGAGGCUAGUGCCAAGCGUGCUCUUAAGGAUAGCGAGACUCAAUUUCGACAUCUCCGUGCUAUGGAUGCCGCACAAACAGCGUCACAGCCUCGUCUACGCGGUGGAGCCGCCGUGGCGGCGAAAGCAGUAGAAGAGGCCAAGUACAGGACAUACAUUCAACAACUCGUGACCCCGGAAGAAGCUGUCGCUCGCGAGGCUCUUCAAGAGCGCUGGACUACGGCUACGGAGGGCUACCGGUAUUUCCUAUGGGCAACACACCCUAAAGGCGAUCUCACAGCUCUUCCUGAUAUCGUGGCCUGGUCACAAGCUCAGGAGGAGGCGCGGGCACAAGCUGCUGCCAACGUGGCCGACGAAGACUCUGAUAUCGAUCAUGACUAUAUAUCUAUGCUGCUUUCUUCAGAGCCGGAUCUCGCGCCUAAUAGCGACGAUGAUGAGGAUGACAUUCAGAUCAUAACAACACAGCGCCAACGCCCGCGUAUUGCGAGACCACCACUAUCGCAGCUUCCACUCGAGCAGCUUCCGCCACGGCAGCCGGUGCAAUUGAACGAAGAAGACGAGGCGGCGAUCCAGGCCGAGCUCAAGGAGGAACGCGUUAUCGUGGGUGUAUACAGCGACGAGGAUAAUGAAGAAGAGGAUGAGCCGGAGGUUGUUAUAUAUGGUAGACGAAUUGCUGUACCAAAGACGCGCGUGCGUCAGGCCUAG